ACAACCAAUGGUCAAUUGUUCUUCCAAUGCAAACAAGAGAAUGGAACAUUAAAGAUGGUGAUUUACAUGAUAUACCUCUCGAAGAAGAACUUGUCACAUUCACCGCACUAGAAGAUAAUGAUGAAGUUGAUGAUGAUUGUAUUUGUUUCCGUGAAAACGGUGAAGGAUUAUGGGUUGAUGAUAAUGGGUCUUGAGGUACCAUUUAAUGAGUUUGAUAUGUUUAUGAUAUGUGAAAUUUUUAGUUUCAUAUUUUUGUUUCAUCUUUAAUUCAAAUGUUUGUAUAACUUUUUUUUUAUGAUUAUGAGGUUCCAAAAUUGUUAUAAUAAUUAUAUUUAUGUUGUUACAGAUGGAGGGUGAUCCUUUUGGUGGUAAUUCUGAUGAGGGGGAGCAUCGCCCUCAUUCUCAGCCAGUGGAACAAGAACAAAAAACUGCGAGAGGACGUACAUGGAUGUCUAAAAACACCAAAAAAAGGAGUGAAGGACAUCUUACACCUGUUGAAUACAACGAGUAUGGUCAAAUAGUUGGUGAGACUAGAAGCAAUGUUUCAUCACAACUUGGAGCUAUUGUUCGAGCCACUGUGUCCAUCAACACUAACACUUGGAACGAUGUUAGUAUGGUGGAUAAAAAUAUAAUAUGGGAUACAAUGAAGAAAACUUAUGAUUUGGACCCCAAACAUAAGAAACAAAUGUUGAUGGAUGCGGGAAAGUACUUCUGAAAUUGGAAGACUAAUCUCACAAGGGUACACGUGUAUGACGCUAUGAAAAAAUUCCCAAAUGAGUUCCCGCCAGCUAUUCCACUUGGAUUUGAGAAUGUCAUAAUUCCAGAUGAAUGGUUAA